AUGCCUCGCGCAGAAGUCGGCAGCACAAAGUACCUGAGCAACAAGCUCAAGUCCAAAGGCCUCCAACGUCUGCGAUGGUACUGCCAGGUUUGCGAGCGGCAGAUGCGCGACGAGAACGGCUUCAAAUGUCACACGCAGUCAGAAUCACAUGUGCGCCAAAUGCUGCUUGUCGGCGAGGACCCGCGCAAAUAUAUCCAGCAAUAUUCCAAUGAGUUCCUGUCCGACUUCCUCAAGCAGCUCCGCACCAGCCACGGUGAGAAGGCUAUCAAUAUCAACCACUUCUACCAAGAAUACAUCGCCAAUAAAGAGCACAUACACAUGAAUGCCACGCGCUGGCCGAGCCUGACGGAAUUUGCGAAAUACCUUGGUCGUGAGGGGAUUUGUAGGGUUGAGGAGGGGGAAAAGGGAAUUUUUAUUUCGUGGAUUGAUAAUAGCCCUGACGCGCUGAGGAGACAAGAUGCGUUGAGGAAGAAGGAGAUGCAGGAUCGCGGCGACGAGGAAAGGGAGCGGAGGAUGAUUGAGGAACAGGUGCGCCGGGCGCAGAGGGAUAGGGAAAUUGCAGGGAGGGAACCUCCGCAGAAGGGUGAUGCGGAUGCGGCACCGAAAGAGUGGCAGCCGACUGAAGGGGAGAAGAUAAGAUUGAACUUUGCGCCGUCUAAGGGAGCUGCUUCCUCUUUAUCCACUUCUGCAUCCCCAGCCCCAGUGGACACAACCUCACCCGCACUCACGCCCGCGCCCGCGCCCGCGCCCGCUCCUACACCAGGCGACAGGAGCGGCGAACAAUCCCCAGCUCAAAAUUCAUCUCCAUCCUCAAAACCAUCAACUACAACACCCGCGCCGCCAACGACGAACCAAUCAACAUUACCGACGACAGCAUCAGCCACACAAUCCGACCGAUCAUCAACAUCCCUCAAGGUGGGCACCGCAACCUCAAAGCCCAAAAACGUCUUCGCUGCAGCGUCCAAGAAGAAUGCCCUUGCAGCAGCUACAAAGAAGAAAAAGGUAGAAGCACCUCCAAAACCGCUCACGGCCACUGAGCGCAUCAUAAAGGAGGAUAUGGAGCGUAAGCGCUCUAGAGAGGAGCGGUCUAAGGGGCUUAAUAAUGGUGGGAUAACUUUUAAGAAGCAGAAGGUUGCAUGA